AUGCCACUGCCUGCAAGACCUUUGGAUGCCCUUAGUCAGGCAUUCCCUCCCAAGCCCAAAUUCAUAGAGGCAAAUGUUCCCGAUCUUACAGGAAAAGUGACCAUUGUCACCGGAGCAAACACUGGAGUUGGUCGCGAGAUUGCCCAGGUUCUUUACAGCAAGAAUGCAACUGUCUGGGUCGCUGCUCGUAGCACAGAGAAGGGUGAGGCUGCCAUUGAGGGCAUCAAGAAGCAGCACCCUGAGUCGAAGGGCACCCUCAAGUUUCUCAAGCUCGACCUCGCAGAUCUAACGACAAUUGGAACUUCAGCCAAGUCGUUCCUUGAAACUGAGAGCAGACUUGACAUUCUGUUCAAUAAUGCGGGAGUUAUGACACCACCAGAGGGGUCCAAGACCGUGCAGGGGUAUGAGCUCCAGCUUGGAGUCAAUUGUCUCGGUCAUUUCUUGUUCACCAAGUACCUCACUCCUCUUCUUCAAAAGACGGCGAAGUCGGCGCCCAAGAAUUCUGUUCGUGUGAUCUGGGUGUCUAGCUCCGCGGCGGAUGUUCUCGCCCCGAAGAAUGGAUUCGAGCGUGAUAACCUCGAUUACCAUGAGUCACGAAACCUGGUGUUCAAGUACGCAACAAGCAAGGCUGGCAACUUCUACCACAACACAGAGUUCGCCAGGAGGUUCAAGGACGAUGGCAUCGUGAGCGUGUCUCUAAACCCCGGCAAUCUGGCAAGCGAACUCGAUCGCACGUCACCCUGGUAUAUGUACUAUCCUAGAACCAUUACUACCUAUGCUCCUAUCUAUGGCGCAUACACGGAGCUUUUUGCUGCCUUUUCUGAUGAUAUCACAGUCGAUAAAUCCGGUAUUUGGGUGGUUCCAUGGGGGCGAUUCAUGCCUAUCCGCCCAGAUCUUGAGAAAGGCGCUUUGUCCGAAUCUGAAGGUGGAACAGGUAUGGCAGAGUUCUUCUGGAAUUGGUCUGAAGAGCAAGUCAAGCCGUACUAUCAGGCUUGA